GGGGAGGAGCGGAGGCGCCGCCGCCUCGCCACACCCACAACGCUCGCUUCCACCCUUCCCCGCCCGCAAGCCGCCGCCGUCGUGGAGGGAACGCGACGGGAGAGGCGGAAGAGAGAUGGCGAAAUCGUGCAAGGGGUUGGCCAUGGAGCUCGUCAAGUGCCUCAGCGAGACUGACUGCGUCAAGGUUCAGAAGAGGCCGUACAAGGAGUGUGCCGGGGAGAAGGUGCCCAACAUCACUAGCGAGUGCGUCGGACUGCGGGAGACUUACUUCAACUGCAAAAGGGGCCAGGUUGACAUGCGAGCUCGGAUACGUGGGAACAAGGGAUACUAGCUGUGUGCCUUCAAUGUCCUCAUCCAGUUUUAGUUUCUAGCCAUUCAUGUGAUCUGAGGUGUAAUGAUGUCAUAAUGUACUCUGUCUGGGUUCUAUAUUAUUGGUAGGAGAGUAACUCAGAGCAAGGAUAGCUUCAAUUGAUGAGAGGCGCAUCUCAAUAUUGGUUGUUUCCUGUCAUAAUGUAGUAGGUCCACAUUUUGUUUGCUAUAGAAGGCAGAAACUCAAAUCAGAGCACACGAGUUUUUUCCACUUGAUGAGUCGAAGUGGUGGAUCCAGUUGCUGAUGUGCAAAGUUUUGUCUUUCCGGAGAGGUGGUUCCAUCGUACCCCAUAUGUUCAGGUGGUGUGACCUGUUGCGUUGUCUUGUUUCCCCUGUACAAUGAACUGAAUCUCCUGGACCCAUUUAGAGAGCUGCUUCAUAUCUUGAUUUUGGGGACAGGCUUGAGAUCUUCUUGAAAUAAAGAUUUCACAUCGUCUGCGUGUUUUGUGUUUCA